AUUGUUCUCGCACCCGACCUGUUUUAGCUGUGACACCAACAUGCUUCCUCGCUCCAGAUGACCGCUGCCCUUUAAGGCUUAACCAACAUGGUUAUUCCACAUCAUCAUUGAUGUGGUGGUGUUGUAUACAUUACACAAGUUUAGGUGCAGGUUAAGGCUAAUUAUGGCGCGGGUUGUUAAGUUUUUCCGGACCGUGCGGAAUCACUGGAAGAAGUCCACGUUAGCCGUGUGUGUCCUGUCAUAUGGAGGCUACUGGUUGUAUGGAAAACACUGCGACAAUCUUCUGCGGAGACAGGCGUGUCUGUUGGCCAGAGAAUUUGGGAGACAGGUGGCAGCGCCACAGGAACGCAUGAGGAAAGCAACAGUGAUUCUAAACCCUGCUGCCUGCAAUGGCAAAGCCAACAAACUCUUUGAAAAGAAUGCAGCUCCUAUUCUACAUCUGGCUGGUAUGGACGUCACUAUCGUGAAGACAGAUUAUGAAGGCCAGGCAAAGAAACUGAUUGAGUUGAUGGAGCAAACAGACAUGCUGAUUGUUGCCGGGGGCGACGGAACCCUUCAGGAAGUGGUCACCGGUUUGCUGCGCAGGCCGGAUCAAGAAACCUUCAGCCACGUGCCAAUUGGAUUUAUUCCUCUGGGAUCUCGUAACUCCCUGAGCACUAGUCUCCAUUUCCUCAGUGACAACAAGGUCAAAGACAUAACAUUAGCAACACUUUCCAUCCUGAAAGGGGAAACUGUGCCACUUGAUGUCCUGCAGAUCAAAGGGGACAAAGAGCAGCCAGUAUUUGCCUUGACAGGUCUGCGAUGGGGGGCUUUUAGAGACGUCUCUGCUACAGUUAGCAAGUUUUGGUAUCUUGGACCACUGAAGAUCAAGGCUGCUCAUUGGUUGAGUACGCUACGUGAGUGGCCUUUGGUGCGGAGCGUCUCGGUGUCCUGCCUUCCUCCGACCCCGAGGCCCCCUGAUUUGCCCCCUCAGAGCACUGUGAGGCCAAAUCUGCUGCACCGCAUCAUACGGCGCUUGAAUAAUUACUGGAACCCACCGAUUGAAGAGCCUCCAAAGGAGGAAGAGCCAGAGAAGUGGGAAGAGCAGGAGCUGUCCUCACUAGAGCUAUACAUCCAAACGCGCAACAAAAACCCAGUUGAGAGGCGUGAGAAUGACUCCAUGGUGAUCUGUGCUGAGCCAGACAACUUGACUGUGAGCGAGUUCAUUUUUCUGGGGGAGAAAAAGGAGGAGGAUCCCACUGUUUUCACUGAAAACUCCCAGACGUUAGAAGCGAGUGUUUGUCAGCUGCAGCUUCAGCAGGACGCUGGCGGUUUCUACAACAUUGACAACGAGGAGUACGAAGCAAUGCCUGUGGAGGUGAGAUUGUUGCCACGGAAACUGCGUUUUUUCAUCAGUGCAGAGCGGAGAGAGCAGCUGCUGUCGCAGAUGCAGUGAACUGAUGACGACAACGAAACUGAGACUCGCACAUCCCUGGACUGAAGUCCAUUUUUAAACUUCACACUUGCUUUUUUUCGGUGGCCCCACAGUGAACUCAGUCUUGCAUAACAUGUUUAUAUUAUUUAAUCAUGAGGACCAAGGCAUUGUUUUUAUAAACAAAUAACACAUGUUGAGGCAAACUGUAACUUCAUGUCUACUAAACUGCGUUUUGGUCAAUAAAAAUAAUUUAUGUGUUGGCUUAUCAACAAUCACAGUGAAAUCACUGACUCUUUUGUCACUUAACUGCAGGUAUUCGUUUAAAAAAUAAACCAAAAAAAAUUACAAAAUACUUGUGAAGCAAAUAUAGAACAGCAAACAUUUGCACUGAAUCAUUGAUUUAUUGUUGUUACUGGCAGUACAGUGAAGCAGACGGUUGCUCAUGCUAUUGAGUUCACGUGGACAUUAGUUGUUUUACAUUAGUAAAAGUGAGACUAAGAUAACAGGUAUUGAUAAGCAUGUUCGUAUGUGUAAUGUUUUUGCCAUAUUGGGACAUUCAGUUGUGAUACUAUUCAGAAACCAUUGAGCUGGUAUGCACCUGUGAGCAACAAAGAAGGCAUUUUAUACAGAAA